AACCCCCGGCACGCCUCCUGCUGCGUCGGCUAUGGACGCUAUCUUUUUCGAGAGGCAAGAGGGCCAGCUCUGUGCACAGCACUGUCUCAACAACCUUCUGCAAGGUCCAAUAUUCACUGCGGUGGACCUAGCUGGUCAUGCUGAGGUGCUAGAUGCAGAGGAGAGGGCCACCAUGGCGGAGGGAGGAGUCUCGAGUCCUGAAUUCCUCAGAUUCAUGCAGGUGUGGCCACCAAUGGCGUGCUCUAUAGGUGCAAUAAUCUUCUCUGCAGCAACCGUCACAUAACAUGGACGAUAGUGGAUACUUCUCAGUCCAGGUGAUAGCAAAGGCACUGUGUGUGUGGAACCUACAACUGGAGUCACUCACUUCUCCCCACAUGAAAGCAGCAUUGGACAAUCCGACAUCCCAGCAGGCAUUCAUUUGCAACCACGAGUCUCACUGGCUGACUGUCAGAAGGCUUGGACAGCAGGUAAAAUGAUAUUCAUCUGAUCCAUGGUGUUAGUUUGUUCUUUCUUUAUGAUCUCCGCUCCUGAAAGUGGUUCAAUCUGAACUCUCUACUGAAGGAACCCGAACUGAUAUCAGAUACUUACCUCAGCCUCUUUCUUCACCAACUUCAGAUGGAAGGGUAUUCCAUAUUCGUGGUGGUGGGAGUGUUGCCUCCGUGUGAGGCUGAUCAAGUUCUGUCACUCAUACGAGCUGACCCCCCACCUCCUUCUCGUCCCGUCCCCUCCUCCUCCUCCUCCUCCUCUUCUUCUCAGCAGGGAGAGCACCAUCAACACACCUCCAGAGGCACGGGAAAACGCCCGGGACCACAGCAUUUUCUCAAACAGACCUUUUCCUCUGUACUAAGUGGGAGUGGGCAUCCAGCCAAGAGAGGGAGAGGAGAGGACAAGGGGGAGGAGCAGGAUUUACAGAUGGCCAUGGCCCUCUCGGCCUCUUUUGAGCAGGGCCAGGAACAGUUUGAGAUCGAUCAGCAACUUCAGUUCCAGCGACUGGAGAAGGAGGCCGAGGGUACUCACCCUGCAAUUAGGAGCAGAGAUGAGGCGGGAGAUUACACGGAGGACGAGGAGGAAGAGGCAGCACUUGCUGCUGCCAUCUAUGCCAGUCUAGAAGAUGACCGCAUGAGACAAACUGGCCACUCCACUGCUGCUGCAGCCCACACACAAAAACAAGGACCUUUGCACACUGCUGGGCCUGGAAGUGGACCGGAGAGGGGUUUGGGGACCACGGCAGUGGAGAAGGGAGAUGGAGGAGGAAAGGAAGAGGAACCACAAAGUCUGGUUGGGAGAAGAGUGAAGCUAAGGCUGAGCACCCGCAUCCUAGCUCACAGGAGGAACUUAGAGAGAGGAGACUCAAAUAUCUAGGGCAGAAAAAGACUUAGUCUAUAAUAGUCUCAUCAAUUUUAAGAAUUUUUGACGUUGUCGUUUGUCAGUAACCAUGUUGUUCUAUUAGCCAAUGCAGUCAGUUAGGCUGUUG